GGCCGAGCGAGCGCCAUGUCGACGUGUGCGCCGCGCGCGUGCUGCCGGCCGCGCGCCCCGCCGACGCUGCUCGACAUCACGGCCAAGAUAGUGGCGUCCGCGAUCCCGUUCCAGCGCAUCGAGGAGCGCUACGAGCGCAUCCCGGAGCCGGUGCAGCGGCGCGUCGUGUACUGGUCGUUCCCGCGGGACGAGCGCGACAUCUGCAUGUACUCGUCGCUGGCGCGCGCGCCGCCCGACGACCACCGCAACAUCGCCUUCUGCCGCGGCCUCAAGCUGCUGGAGGCGGGCUGCGUGGAGAACGUGCUGCAAGUCGGGUUCCACCUCAGCGGAGUGGUGCGCGCGCCCGCAGCCAUCCCACCUUGCUCUGAACCAGAGAGGUUAUACAGGGUCACAGUCUCCUUUGACAGAUGCAAAAUAACAGGGGUGACAUGCAGCUGCGAGGCGCGGGACAUAUUCUGGUGCCAGCACGUGGUGGCGCUCGCCCUCUACCGCAUCAGGAACGCAGACUCCGUGCGCCUGCGCGUGCCUAUAUCAGAAACUCUGCUCCAGAUGGACAGGCAGCAGCUCCAGAAGUUCGUCCAGUACCUAAUAGCGGAACACCACACAGAGGUGCUGCCGACCGCGCAGAGGUUAGCUGACGAGGUGCUGCAGGCGAGGUCGGCUAUCAACAGGAUAUGCGGAGCCCCCGACCCCACGGCCGGGCCUCCGCCCGAUGCGCACCAUGCUUGGCACUUGGAUGAGCAGCAGGUCUGCGAACAAGUGCGAGCGUAUUUAUUACAGGGAACUUAUUAUAAUGCAAACAAGCAACUAAAUUCUUUAUUUUCUAAGGUUCGAGAAAUGCUACGCGCACAAGACUCAAAUGGUCCAAGAAUGUUAAUGUUAAUGACUGAACAGUUCCUAUCAGACCCUCGGUUGCUCCUAUGGAGGAACCAGAACACUCCAAUGACGGAGAAGUGCCGGCAACUGUGGGAACAACUUGGGGCCUUGUGGGUCAGUAUAGUGCUGGACCCUGGCAGUAACAAGCAUCAUAGGAUGCAGUGGAGACAUCUGUUGGACAAGUGGUCUGCAGUUGAAGUCUGUCCCACUGAAGAUCCGGAUUAUAGGUCAUUUCCAUUGUACGCACGGGAGCGAGAGAGAAAUGAGAGGGACCGCGACAGAGAUCACAGAGACAGGGAUAGAGAUAGACAUCGGGACAGGGAAGAAAGGGAUCGGGAGAGGGUGCGGGAAAGAGAGGAGAGAGACCGUGAAAGACAUAGAGAAAGACAGAGAAGAGAAAUGCAUUCCCAUUCAGAGAGUUCCGAUGAAGACUCUAGACCUAAUAACUAUGAACGUGAAUACAGGAGAGCUAGCAAAAGACUUAGGCUACACAACCAGAGAUCGACGCCACUAACACCAAGGACAGUUUUUCACAAAGCCCUGGACGCAGUAGACAUAUCGUGGGAGAACGACCACCUCAAAAGUAUUCUGAGCUCGGACGAGUUCUGUGACCCUGAGAAACCAGACAAAGCUGGCGCCUCUAUGGAUGCCACGCUGCAGCCUUACCCUAAGUUUAAUGAUCUUGGACAACCUUUAUGGCAUGAACACUUGCCCGUGGUCGGCGCGCGGAUAGAAGCGCUACGGGCGCACGGACGAGCGCCCGCGGCGUUGAGACUGGCGGUCGCGGCGGCGCGGGCCAUGAGGCAUAGACAGGAAGUAGCCCAACAGAGGUGGCACGAAGCAGGCGGCGGCGAGGCCUCCAGCUCUAACACCACCAGCUCGUCCAACAGCAGCGCAUGCGCGAGCGAGUCGUGCCUGGGGCAGUGCGACCGCGCCAAGCUGUCGCUCGUCUGCGCGCACAUGGACGCGGGCGCGUGUCUGCCCUGCCCCUCGCCGACUGCGCCUACCUGCGCGCUGUCGCACUCGCAGCGGUGUAUCGGCAGAGACAGCAGAUGUUGGACGGGCUGGACGCUGGAGGCGAUUUGGUGCGUGUAUGAGUGCCUCGCGGACGCGUGCCUCGCGCCGGACGACCAGCGCGCCUCGCCUCGCCUACACACUUACAUCGACGAGGAGCCCAACACCGGCCUGCCUCCUAGGUACCAGCAUGUCCCGGUGGCGGGCAGCAAGAACCCUGAGGAGACGUACCUGGCGCUGGCGCUGGAGGCGGCGCUGCUGGGGCUCGGCAUGCAGAGGAUGCUGCCCCACGGCCUGUAUGCGCAGGAGCGAUAUUGUAAGCAGGAGGAACGUCUAAUAAACCAACUGCAAAGGGUGGAAGGUGAGGCAGCCGCGGGGGUCUGCGCCAGGGUGGCGCGAGCAUUGCUCGCGGGCGGUCCGUCCUCGUGCCUUGGAACCAAAGUGCACCCGCGAUCUGCGCCCGCGCAUACUUUCGCGAGGUUUCUAUUCCUUGCUCUACUACCCAGUGACCCGGAGUUGGCGUACCGAGUCGGAUUACGGGCUAUGAGAUUACCAAUGGUGGAAGAAGCAUACUCGUUGGACGGCGGCGGCGCGGCGGCGGGCGGCGCAGGCGCGUGGCACACUCUGCAGCAUGCUGAACAACAGCAGGCAGCUCUCGCCAGCGCACUACUAGGUGCAGCACGCGGCUCCCCUUCCCGCCUCCGUGCAGCGCUUGCAGCAGCACAAAGGCACGUGCGCUCUGCUGCACAGCUGUUCCGACUAGCGCAAGACGCGUUACGGCAUGCAGCACCACCAGAUGCGCCACAUCAUCACCGAGACCUCCUUGCUGCUGCCUUUGAGCUAGGACUACAGGUAUUACGAAUGACGUUAUCAGCAGUAAAUUGGCGGAGACGGGAGAUGGUCCGGUGGUUGGUGACGUGCGCUACUGAGUUAGGACUUGACGCACUGCUAUCCAUUAUGCAGAAUUGGUAUGACUUAUUCACACCAACGGAAGCAACGGGACCAGUGGCAGCGGCCGCCAUGUCGCACGCCACGGCGCUGCGGCUCGGGCUAAGCUUCGAGCAGCAGGAGAAACUCAGUGCCUGCGCGAGAACGCUCGCGUUGCAGUGUGCUGCUAAGGAUCCGCCAGGCUGUGCCUUAAGCGCUCUAUCAGUUUGCGAAGGCUCGGCGGGUGCUUUCGAAGCGGCCUGCGCGGCGGUAGGCGGGGCUGCGGCCCGAGGAGCCCUAGCGUCGAGUCAACUGUUUGCCGUGGCCCGAUACAUGGAGCAACGGGGACAACCAGCGAGGGCCAUGCGGCUUGCCACGUUGGCCAUGAGGAACCUGCAUUUGCAUUACAAUCAGGACAGCCAUCCAGCAAUCGCAGACAUCCACUGGGCAGUCGCGUUGGCACAUUCUCUAGGGCGAGCUGAGCUUCAAGCCAUGUUACCUCUAUUAGUGAAAAAUGUCCAGUGUGCGCCAGUUCUGUCGGAUGUCCUACGGAGGUGUUGUGUGGCCGCGGCGGGGUGUUCGCGCGCCCGGCCCCCUCCCCCGCGACCCCCCACCCCUCUCCGGCCUUUACUAGAGGCGGCGCUACGAGCGUACGCGUCCACCACGCACGCGCGCCUCGCACACAUCUCGCCGAGGCACUAUGCGGACUUCGUAGACUUCCUUGGUAAGGCCCGAGACACAUUCGCGCUAGCGCACGACGGGCCGCACCAGUUCGCGGCGCUGCUGCAGGAAAUUAAACUCAAAUACAAAGGCAAGAAGAAACUCAUGUUCCUCGUCAAAGAGAGAUUUGGCUGAAGCUAUGUUUUGUUUAUCAGUUUUGAAGGAAUAUGUUGUAUAUUGCAUAGCUCCAUAGUAUGUCGCGGCAAACUUCUAGUACAAGGGAUCGUUCCCACUGACGCAGAGCUGGGUGGAGCGGAGCGAAGCGAACCUUGAAUUGGCCAAUCGCAGUGCUUGAAAUCCCCAGUCUACAUCAGUGAAAACUAUGUGACUGGCCAAUUCACGCUCCGCUCCGCACCGUGUCAGUGGAAACGCACUUUAGGUUGAAAUCUAUAGAGUGCACUUUGAGUUUGCUUAGACUUAAGUUUCAGUUAAAACGAGACAGAUUUAUGCCAGCGGUAUAACGCUGUAUCGUUUUAACAAUGUCUUAAGUCAGCAAACUCAAAGUGCGCUCUAUAGAUCUAAGCCUAAUUGAAAUGAUUAAUUUUUUUACAGUUACUCGCAAACAACUUGAUUAAAUGCGCAUAGUCGAUUUUAAGGUCUCUGGUAGACCAAAGGGGACGCGAGAGCAUUUCUACCGCACGGGCACACGCGAUCAGUUAGAUGCGCUAACUUUCCCACACCAUGUUGAUUUUGCUCACGUUGUUUGCCGGCCAUUGUAAUUAAAAUCUUGCUAUAGUUUUGCAUUUUGCAAAUAGCUGAAAAGUAUCAGACAGAAAGACAUACCUAUGGAGCUGCAAUGUUAUUCUAAAUGACAGUUCUGUGUUUCGUCGCUGAGUCAACGACGAACGCGCAAGCUGUUAGCCCUAAUUCACACGAGCGUUGCGUUAAAACCCGGCGUUGGCGGAUAUUAACGUACGCGUUAAAAAAGUGUUGUGUGAACGCUCGUGUCGUUCUAUUUUAACGCUAUUUUAACGGACGUUAAAAAAGCUCUCGUAUGAAUGAGGCCUUAGGGAAAGAACUGUAAUAAUAUAGUAGGCCAUGUUCGUUGAAUUUUGAUUUUUGUUAUUUUCUGUGCAAUAUGCGGCCGAGUAUAUGUAUAGACAAAGAGAUGGUGAGUGAUUUGUUUUAUGUAUUAAUACCGGUUCAAAAUUUUCAUGAGUAGGUAUUGAGACAGUACAGUAACCUAAAAUAAUGUUUAUUAAAAGACUAUUUUGAUGUUUUCGCUAAAUUUUAAUUCACAUAUUUUAUAAAUAAAAUCAUAUACAUAUGUACUUAGAGUCAACCUGAAAAGAACAGUAAAAUAUGGGGAAAAAAUGAAUAUACUUAUAUAAAAUACUUAUUCAUGAAAAAUUUGAAUCGGUGUUUAACACUUAAAACAAAUUGUCCGUCAGCUCUUGGAUAAUGAUAUGUAUAUUUUUAUAACUAUAAUAUCCAUUCGAAUAAAAAAGACAUUUAAUGAAAAAUUGUUGCUAAGGUUCAAAUCGCGUACCUAAAUCACGGCUAAACACCAUUACCUCAUGUUAGUUAGCGGAGCCUGGUCAAAGAGCCGGUGGUAAAUAAUGAGUAGGCACUUUAUAAAAGAUGAAAAUCCGUUGUUCUGCUUCCUAAAAGUGCAAGCAAAAUUUAAAUUGCCAUUUUAUGUAAAAGUCAAACGAAUGUAAUAUAUUACAAUUUCCGAAUGUGCAUCUAUAGCGUCAACUACGUUUAAAGCGAAUCAGUUUAGUCCGCCUUUUUGCAAUGCGUGAAAAUAGUUUUUCGCACAUAAUUCGGUGCGGCGCGUUUCCACCGCCACCAGUGCUUCAAAUCGCCGCAGACCUAAAAAAAAAAUUAAUGUAUGGAUAGAUACUAUCACAGGUAAAAGUAAUUCGGAUUCCCAUGGAGCAGGUCAAAGGUCUUUAUCGGGCAGAUUAUCCUCACCCCAGUUAUAUAGAAGGGUUUAUAUAUUACACUGGGCUGGGCAAGGUAUUCCGAACCAGUGGUAAAUGCAAUUGACUAUUCAAAAGUGCUUGUAAAAGUUUAAUUGAAUAAAAAAAAAUGAACUUUCAACUUUUAUCAAGUACCUCCUCAAUAUUUCCCACCAUCUCUCUUACCAUAAUGUUUGUGUACUCAAUGUACCAAACCAGUCUUUUUUAAAGUAUUAUUUUUAUGUAAACGUUAGAUUAUAAAAUACCUCUUAGAAUUCGCUAAUUGUAAGUAUGUAACAGUAAGU